UUUGCCGCCCAGGACGGCAUUCUGGGAUUACUGGGUCUCCCCAAACUAUCAUGGCGUCCUGUGAAGAUGGCGACUACCAUUAAACAGGCGUUGCUGGAUUUCCUGACAAUUUAAAUUCAAGGAAUUGGAGACAUAGAGUGAGAGACGAGGGCCAGGAGAACUGUGCUAGUGGCCAGAGGUUUUCAGGCCAUCACUCACCCCCCCACACAGAGCUGAUAAAAUGAAAUGUGCAAUGGACACUCGGCAAGGUGGGGAUGAGGCAGCAGAGAGUGAACACACUCUAGAGGAAACGUCUGCAAAAGAAGGAAGUGAGAUGCUGCACAAGAAGAACAAGAAGCACAAAAAACACAAGGGCAAAAAGAAGAAGAAGAAACGUGGCAAGGGAGAGCGGGAGACCAGCUCAGAGUCGGUCCCAGAGUCCGACGUAGAGAAGCCACCAGUCAGAACCAGAGCAGGCUUGAGGAGUGCUGGCCUUGUGGCUCCUGAUGCAGCAGCAGGUACAAAAGAUGAGACAACAAAGGGCUUGAUCACAGCAGAUAAACCUGAGGUAUGUGAUGCUAAAGCCAGAAAACACAAAAGACAUUUUGGGAAAAAGAAGAAAAAGAGGAGGAGAAAAGGGGAAGAGAAGCAGGAGAAGAACUCACCUUUACACUCCCCAUCAGAGAGCGAAUCUAUGUCAGGGUCAGAUUCUGAGUCUGAGGAGAAGCCAGCUGGCACGGAUGUGCAAGCAGUUCCCAUCCUGUCUAAGGCCAGACAAGAGGAAAAUGUGUCCUCCCUACGUCUAACUCUCGGCCAAAAAGAGGGAUCUCUGAAAAUGUGUCAAACCUUGGAUGAGCAGUCUGCGGAUGCACGAGAAAAGACAGAAGAGAUGGCGCCCCCUGCUGACAGGGAGGAACAGACCGUCUCCGUCAUAAAGGCAGAAGAUUCACGGAGCGACAGGUGCUUCAGUCACUCCCAGGAGCUUCCGGACAUCAUCCCCAAGCAAGGCAGCCAGAGAGAGGAGACAAACGCAGGGCAGAGGUCAAAGGUGAAUAACCAUGCUCCCUCACGGUCAAGGUCACAGUCACUGACGGACACUAAAAGAGCCAGAUCGAGUGUGAGUCGUUCGACAAGCUCCAAGCGGUCCAUAUCAAGCCGCAGUCGUUCACUAAGCCCCAAGCAAUUGUCUGGUCUGCCUGUGUCUAGCAGGGGCAGGUCUCGAUCCUUCUCAAAGAGCAUGACUCCCAAGAGGAAACAGUCUAAGUCCCUUAAAAGGACAGGACGUAAGUCCCAUUCUCUGACUCCUAAGAGAGGACACACGUCCCCUUCUCUGUCACCCAGGAGAGGACGCAAAUCCCCUUCUCUAUCCCCCAGGAGAGGACGCAAGUCCCCUACUCUGUCCCCCAGGAGAGGACCCAAGUCCCCUUCUCUGUCCCCCAGGAGAGGGCGCAAGUCCCCUUCUCUGUCCCCCAGGAGAGGACGCAAGUCCCCUUCUCUGUCCCCCAGGAGAGGACGCAAGUCCCCUUCUCUGUCCCCCAGGAGAGGACGCAAGUCCCCUUCUCUGUCCCCCAGGAGAGGGCGCAAGUCCCCUUCUCUGUCCCCCAGGAGAGGGCGCAAGUCCCCUUCUCUGUCCCCCAGGAGAGGGCGCAAGUCCCCUUCUCUGUCCCCCAGGAGAGGACGCAAGUCCCCUUCUCUGUCCCCCAGGAGAGGACGCAAGUCCCCUUCUCUGUCCCCCAGGAGAGGACGCAAGUCCCCUUCUCUGUCCCCCAGGAGAGGACGCAAGUCCCCUUCUCUGUCCCCCAGGAGAGGACGCAAGUCCCCUUCUCUGUCCCCCAGGAGAGGGCGCAAGUCGUCUCCUCUGUCCCCCAGGAGAGGGCGCAAGUCGUCUCCUCUGUCCCCCAGGAGAGGGCGCAAGUCGUCUCCUCUGUCCCCCAGGAGAGGGCGCAAGUCGUCUCCUCUGUCCCCCAGGAGAGGGCGCAAGUCGUCUCCUCUGUCCCCCAGGAGAGGGCGCAAGUCGUCUCCUCUGUCCCCCAGGAGAGGGCGCAAGUCGUCUCCUCUGUCCCCCAGGAGAGGGCGCAAGUCGUCUCCUCUGUCCCCCAGGAGAGGGCGCAAGUCGUCUCCUCUGUCCCCCAGGAGAGGGCGCAAGUCGUCUCCUCUGUCCCCCAGGAGAGGACGCAAGUCCCCCAAGAGAGGACGCAAGUCCCCUUCUCUUUCCCCCAGGAGGGGACGCAAGUCGUCUCCUCUGUCCCCCAGGGGGGGACGCAAACUGUCUCCGUCUCCAAGACGAGGGCGGCGGUCUGAGUCCAGGCCUCGUGGUCGUGUCAGGAGGUCGAGGACCAGAACUUCCCCCCCUCGUCGUUGUAGACCCUCGAGGUCCCGCUCGCCUGUGAGGCUGACUCGCCGCUCACGCUCCAAAUCUAGACGGCUCCGUCAUUCCCGGUCCCUGAGAAGAGGCCGGCGCUCCAAAAGCAGCUCCCCGUCUCACAGGAAGAGGUCCCCCCCCAGGACACGACGGUCCCGGUCUCCGGUCAGGAAAGGCAAGCGUACUCGGUCCCGCUCUGUCGUGAUCCUGAAGAGGAACAGGAAAGGCUCACUGUCCAAAUCCCCAACAGGCAAGAACACCAAGUCCCGCUCCAGGAGCUGCAGGAAAUCCAGUUCACCAGUACAGAAAAUACUUUCUAGAUCACCAAAGCGGAGCAGGACAAAGUCCAGAUCCCCAAUACGCAGUAAACCAUCAAGAUCACCAUCCCCAUGUAACAGGUCUUGUACUCCUAAAUCCAAAUCGCUGAAAAGAAACAAGUGUUCACUGUCAAAAUCGCCCAAAAGAGACAUAUCGAAAUCUAGGUCUUUCUUAAGCGACAGGCAAUCUGAGAGCGUAUCCCCAGAACGCUCAAGAUCCAGGUCUACUGACCUGAAGUCUCUGAAAUCAGUCAAACAUACUGCAGACAAGACUGUGAAUGAUGAACCACCUACCAAGUCUGUUGGGGAGGCUUUAGCAACAGCUGCAACAGGGCCCUGGAAGCCCCUCCCUUGGGCUGCACCCUCCAGUUCUAUCAUACAGGGCAAGCCAGUGGCUGGGCAGGCUGACGAGAGCAGCUCUGAGAUUCCAUCUGAAGACCACGACUCCGCAGCAGAAGAGCCAAAGGGAGCAAGAAGCCCAACAAGCUCCUCUGAAGAAGAGCCAGAUGAGCAUGCUAUCUCCAGGUCUGUGUCACCAGAGACCGUUUGUGCUGAUCGUCGCUACAGGGUAUCAUCUUCUAAAUCCUCCAUCAAGAAGGCAUCAUCCUCGAAACAACGUCAGUCCUCAAAAUCAGCAUCUCCUGCCAGGAAGUCCCACUCACCUGCCGGCAGAAAGACAUCCACCUCUCCCUCACGGAGGUGCUCCCGGUCCAAGUCUACCUCCAGACGGAGGCGUUCCAAGUCCCCAUCCAGGAAAAGGAAGUCUGUCUCCCCGCCUGCCAGACGGAAGAAGAGGUCCAAGUCCAGAAGUACUGUCUGGCGCAGGAGAUCACGCUCUAAGUCACCGGCACGGCGCAGGAAGUCACAUUCCAAGUCCAGGACCAAGCACUCAAAGUCCCGCUCCCCGGCCAGAAGGAAGAGGUCCAAAUCCACAGACAGGCGCAAACGCCUCAAGUCUCGUUCUCCAGGCCGGAGGAGAAGGUCCGUGUCGCGACGGCGCCGGCCCAUCAUGCGAAAUCGCUCGUUUGACCGCCGCGACCGAUGGAAACGGGAACCAAGCCAUUCACCCAUCCUCAUCCUCCGCAAGCGCCGGUCCACAUCUCGAACCCGCCGCAGUGCCAGCAAGACCCCUCCUCGUCUCACUGAGCUGGACAAAGACCAGCUACUGGAGAUAGCAAAGGCCAAUGCAGCAGCCAUGUGUGCUAAAGCAGGUGUGCCCAUUCCAGAGAGUCUGAGACCCAAGGCCAUCCUCCAGCUGCCCCUGCCCAACCCAGCCCCAACCCCUCUGAAUCUGCCUCUUCCCCUGCCCCUGCCUCUCAACAUGCCCGGCAUGGGAAUGCCUAACAUGAACAUGCCCAACAUGAACAUGCCCAACAUGAACAUGCCCAACAUGAACAUGCCCAACAUGAACAUGCCCAACAUGAACAUGCCCAACAUGAACAUGUCCAAUAUGGCCAUGAGUGCUGCCAUGGCCAGUAUGAAAGCUGCCACCAUGACUGCAGCCCUCACCAACAUGGCCCAGAUGUCAAACAUGCCCCAGAUGGCUCCCCUCCCCACCAUCACCAACAAGCCCCCUCCUAGCCAGGCUCCCCAAACAACCCUUCCCCCCCUCAACCUGGACCACAUAGAGGAGGUGAAGAGGAAGGUGACUCAGCAGGCCAACAUCUACAGCAUCAAAGAGCUCACUGAGAAAUGUAAGAUGAUAGCGGCAAGUAAAGAGGAGAUGGCCAUAGCGAAGCCGCAUGUGUCUGAUGACGAGGAUGAGGACAGGAAGCCUUGUGGCAAGAGCUUAAGUUAACUUUCUUUGGGGCGCAUCAGAGGUACUCCCCAUGGAUACCAUCACCAGGUGUCAAGGUUGUUGUGGUUAUAGAGCAGGAACCUCAUCAGAUACUGCCAGCCCUUGUUCUCUGGACAAUCAUUCCCUCCCCAACCCCUCCCAUCAGUACUAUAGCUGUCUGGGGAAGUGUUUGAAACGUCAGUGAUCCUGUGUCCCAUUGGACAGACUGACCUGAGUGUUCUUGUGUGUCAUUGGACGGAUUGCAGUGUGGUUAUCCCUAGCUUCUACACGUUGCUCAGACAGAGCUCUCUGGACAAUGACUGAAGCAAAAUGAUAUAGGAACAUAUUUUCAAUGUUUUGUCAACCCUUUCUAAUGUUAAGCUUCUGUUCCUUUUUUUAUUGUGUUAAGUAAUAAUAUUUCCACCUCAUGGUUCCUUUAGUGACAUUUUAACCUGUAAUUAAGUGAAUUGCUCGGUCUGGCCUCAGCACACACGGGCACACAAAUACACACAUCAGUAAUAUGAUGGUCAGGUGUGUCUUUAGUGACGGGCAGACGACCAGGUCUCUCCAUUGAGAAGACAAACUUAUCAGGUCUUUGUAGGAUCCACUCUAAAUGUUUUCAUUUCUCUACAUAUUAACUGAUGUAAUCUUUAGCUAUUUUAAUAACAAAUGCAUUUUAGGAUUUCCUUGAUCAGUAGUAGAAUAUUAUUUGGCUGACUUUGUACAUAAUAUGUUGAUUAUUAAAGGAAACCAGAAAAUCA